AUGCCUGAGGAAUGUCCACCACAGCUGUUAAAAUCCUCCCUGAAUAACCAGCAGGCUACAAUCAGCUGUCCCAUCUGUUUAGGUUACCUCAAAGACCCAGUGACCAUUGACUGUGGACAUAAUUUCUGUGGUGCUUUACCCAGCAGUGCUGGGAAGAUCUACAGGCCAUCUUUUCGUGUCCAGUCUGCUUUCACCACUGUCAUGACAACCAUGUCAGCAAGAACACCCAGCUAG